UUCACGACGGCGGCGACGUUGACGACGACGACGGUGAAUUUCGAGAAAAGCUUCCGACGUACGACGACUGCGGCGGAAGGAAACGGUUAAAGACGCGCGUGAUUCUUUUUUCUGUUCUGCGUGAUUUCAACUUUGAGACUUUCCCUUGUGGGCGAAGAAGGGUUUCAAAUGGUCUCCGAGCAUGGCAAUGGAUGAUGAAUGAGGAGCAAAAUUCGAGGGGGCAUCUACGGGAGAUGGUUUGUUGCGUAAGUUCUGGGAAAGCGAUUUGCCGGGCUGUGCAUCAGCUGACCCUCGCCGGGAACCGAUUACGAACUGUGACAGGGCUGAGUUUGUUCCAACUGCAGCCGAUGGUCUACUGCGACGGGGAUUAGGACGAAGAUUUAAUUCAGUGCUUCGAGUCAGACAGUUCAAAACAAUAAAAAUGCAUUUGUGAGGAUUCGCUGGGGGAUUAUGGACGGAAAGCUGAUGGCUGCAAGUCAGGGAAAGUGGAGAUUUGCGAGAAUGUCAUAAAAAGAAGAACGGAUAAUCUCAUCAAAUUAAAUCUGAUUAAUUGAAGGAAAAUAUUUUCUCGCUGUCAGCUCUGAACUCCCCGGGGGAGUGAAACGAAAGUCUUCGUUUAGUUGAGCGGGACUACCCCAAGUACAAUCCGCAUUAAGUAGGUCGUUUGUCUAGCAGUGCUAGGGACGAAAGGAAAAAAAUCAACAAGCGACAAAACAAAUCGACUGUACUCGGAACAAAGUGUUUGUCCACUGUAGUUUGAAGCAGUGAGGAUUAAUUAAAUUCAUUUAACGGAAUUAAUCUGUUUGGUGUUUCCCACGGGAACACGAUUGCCACCCCAGAGUUCAUAGAAAAAAAACGUAGUAGCUGGUCGGGCAAGUGGAAAAUAAGUAAAUUAAUAUACGCUCCUUAAACAGGAUUAUCCACGUUUUGCCAACCACCCUUUGCCUAUCCCCACCACUUCCCCAUCAAGUUUCAUAAAACUCUACUGACAAGGCCAGGAGUCCUGUGAAAACUGAUAUCAUUGUUUGGUCGAAGAAGAACAGGGAGGAAAAGCGCGUGACAAAGUCUGAAGAAAGUGAUUUUUUCCCUACCAUCCACUCCCCCUCAUACCCCGUGCUACGGCAGGUGGAUGGACGCAUUCGUUAUAGGUCCAUCGACAGUGGAUCCUUCUUUCGCCGUGUUUUACACCACUUUCGUUCCGUUUUUCCCUCCUUUCGACCGUUGUUGUGAUGAUGCAGCAGCAAGAAAUUAUGGAGCUCGUCGUGUGAAUAAAUUGUCUUCCUGCGAUUACGACUGAAGAAGACGCCGGUCGUCCUUUGCGAGAAGCGAAGUGGCCGGAAAUGAAAUUUAAGUGAAAAGAGUCACCCCACAACCAGUGAAACCGAGCGAAUCGAAUCAGGAGGAAAUCAGAAGCCAAAGAGCAUCAAACGACGGCCAAGUCGGGCGACGACAGCGUCCAGAAGAAAUUGUUUUUGUGAGUCGGUGUCUCUGCCGGUCUUUGAAGAAUGAAAAGUGAAAAAUUAUACCAAGGUAAAAUUUAGCGGAAAAUCCUUUCCGCCUGUGUGAAGCUGUGAUUCAGUGGAUGAAUAAAGUGGUGUCCCGUUUUGAAGAGGGAAUACCGCUAGUUUUUUUGUGUGUGUUGUUGUCAUCGUCAUCAUCGCAACAGCAGCGAUAGAAGCAGUCGUAGCUAGAGGCAGUAGCAACGUGGGAAAAGUCAAACACGAAGCGGAAACAAGAGCUUCGGGCUGCUUCCAUGGGGACCCUUCCGAGCGGAUUGGCAGUCCAUAAAUCACCGCCACCUGAAAGCAAUGCGCAAACAUGUGUGUGACAACGAGAAUUUAUCUGUCUGCGCCAAGUGAAACGGAAAAUCCUCCCCCGAAUCCACUUUUUAUCAAUAUUCACAAAACAAUAAAAAUAAAAAUAAAACAUAAUCUACGUAAUUGAACUCCAUAACAUUUAUCAAGGAAACUUCACACACACUCAUUUCCCUCGCGUUCCAAAGCUCCCCCAUCCCUCUUUUGCCCACCUUCUUCAAGCUUGUGCUUCGUGCUUGGAGCACUGAUUUUCACGAACAAGAGGAAAACUACUUCUCACACGCUCCAGCCACCCCACUUCAUUGUUUUCCUCCACCGCAGCUUGCGAUAAAAGAGAGGAUCGAAACAUUCUUCUCGGCGUUGGCGGAGGAAUCUUUCCCGAUGGUCCCCUGGUCCCACGUGUGGUCUUCAGUAUCGGAAUCGAUGCGUUCAAUCACUUUCCAAACCAGUUUCCCAUAUAGUCGACAACGUCGACAACAGCAGCUCAACUUGGCACGGUAGAGUAGCAAAAGAACCAAACAACAACCAGCCAUAAUAAUAAUACUAAUAGUAAUAAUAAUAACACCCAAUCCCCGGCGACCGACAACGACUUUGGAAGAAUCAUUCUGGCGGUUAGUCUUGGUCUGGGCGGAAAAUUCUUCUGCAAAACUGUGCGCAAGCAACACUAGGGCCGGUUGCUGCAGGCUGGCAAAGUGUUCAAGUGUGGAACCUCCAAUAGCCAAUAGCCAAUCGAAGUGUGAGGUGCAAGAAGCUGUAGCAUCAACAGCGGAAGCGAAAAAAGGAGGAAAAUCUUUUAACGAAGCGUGCUUGUGAGACAGCUCCACUCGGUGGCAAAGAAGGAAGUGGAAAGGUGCGCAGAGCUGUUAUCACGCGAGUUGGAGCAUCGACGGCGAUGGGAAAAAUGAAACACGGCUUCGCAUUCAAAUUUAAUCAAGUGUUUCAUGUGAUAUUUAUCAACGUAUUUAUUACGCAUUUCACGCUCGGAUUACAGCUGCCUGCAUCGGACAAGGAUAAACAUGUUGCCCUUUCGUCGGAAAUCCAGGCGGUGGAAGGCAGGAAAAUUUCCUUACCCUGCCCACUGUCGGCCCCUUCCAGAGAUAAGGUUUACAUGGUGCUCUGGUUCAAAGACGACGCCGGAAUUCCUUUGUACAGCUUCGACGUUCGGGGGAAGCCUUUACAAAAAGCGAAGCACUGGUCAGCACCGGAAAGCUUCGGGACACGGGCCCAUUUCAACACCGACACCGACCCGGCCACGCUGGACAUUCAGGAUAUUCGGCGACAUGACGAGGGUGUCUACCGCUGUCGAGUUGACUUUCGUACCAGUCAAACGCAGAGCUUCCGAUACAAUCUCAGCAUCAUCAUACUUCCCGAGCAUCCGAUAGUGCUCAACCAAUGGGGUCAGCAACUCAACAGUUCUAUUCUGGGACCAAAGGAAGAAGGCGACGACAUCAUGCUGACCUGUCGUGUUGUAGGAGGUCGCCCACAGCCAUCGGUCAAGUGGCUCAUCAACGGCACCCUGGUGGACGAGCAGUACGAGCACAACUCCGGCGAUGUGAUCGAAAAUCGACUGCUGUGGCCCGCGAUUCAGCGGUCCGACUUGAACUCGAUAUUCACUUGUCAGGCCACAAACACGGACCUCGUCCAACCGAAAGAGAGCAACUACGUGCUGGAUUUGUACCUGAAACCAUUGAGUGUGAAGAUUAUAAACCCACCAACACCAUUAGUUGCCGACCGGCGGUACGAGAUCACUUGCGAGAGCGUUGGUUCGCGGCCAAAUGCAGUUAUAACCUGGUACCGGGGAAAGCGGCCCUUCAAGAAACCAAAGGACUCCGGCAUAAAUUUCAACAACACAACCCGUUCCCUGCUAAGCUUCGUGCCCGUAACGGAAGACGAUGGAAAACUUAUAACUUGUCGUGCCGAGAAUCCGAAUGUCACCGGUCUGUUCCAGGAAGACUCGUGGAAAAUCGAAGUUGUUUAUCCUCCAAUCGUCUCGUUGCGGCUUGGUUCGACACUCUCGGCGGACGACAUCAAGGACGGUGACGAUGUUUACUUCGAGUGUCAGGUCACGGCGAAUCCUCCGUGGAGGAAAUUACACUGGCUGCACGACGGAGUGAUGAUCACUCACAACGCAUCCGCACGGGUUAUUCGCUCCAACCAGAGCCUGGUUCUGCAGAAGGUGAACCGAAAUUCGUCCGGAAAUUACUCGUGCAGUGCAAUCAACGCCGAGGGUGAAACGGUCAGCAACCAACUGGUGCUACGGGUCAAGUAUGCCCCAGUUUGUGCCACCGAUAAAAUCAUCAUCGUGGGAGCGUUCCGCAGUGAACCGUUGCACAUUUCGUGCGAGGUGCAUGCCGAUCCGCCACCGCGGCAGUUUUUCUGGAAGUUUAAUCACUCGGGCGAAACGCUUGACAUCAACAAGGAGCGGUUCGUGAAAAAUGGGUCACUGAGCAUCUUGAGCUAUACGCCCGUCUCGGAUCAGGACUAUGGCACGCUGACGUGCUGGGGACAGAACGAGGUGGGGACGCAGCAGUGGCCCUGCUUUUUCCAAGUGGUUCUCGCCGGAUUGCCAUCGACGGUGAAAAAUUGCUCGAUAAACAAUCAAACGCAGAGCUCGGUUGAAGUGCAAUGCCUAGCUGGAUAUGACGGCGGUUUACCGCAAAUUUUUAUGCUAGAGCUACUAUCGAGUAGGUCGGGAAGAAUGAGAUACAACAUAACGAACCCUGACGAGCCAUACUUCGCGAUAGAGUCCCUGGAAUCCCUCAUCCACUACACCAACCUAUACGAUGAACUGGGCGACGACAACGCAUUCAAAGCCGUCAUCUACGCUGUCAAUCAGAAAGGAAGAAGUCAGGGAGUAGUCGUUAAGGAUUUCUACCUCGAAAGCAGCAGCACAGAAAACCGAGCCGUCCUGACGAGCACCUCGCUAGACAGCAUCUCGCCCAUUCUGCUGGGGGUGUUGUUUACCCUACUGGUGCUGUGUGUCGUUAUCUUCGUACGGAUAUACUACAUCAAGGCAACAACCACCUCCACCAUCACGAGCGUUAGCAACGACAGCAAUAGAAAACAAAAUGGCACUAAGCAGGAUGCUUCGUCUAAGAAGAAUUCCAAACCAAGCCCCCGAUGGCAGCACGGGGGCGCCACUAGCGGAAACAAUGCUGGCGGUCCAGGAGGAACUGGUGGCGCCGGUGGCCAUCAGCAUGGGGGAACCAACGUCGACGGCAAAGGCAAGGAUGGAAAGCCAGACCCCACGGAAGAUGACAGAGGCGAUCCGGACGUGAUUCCAGCGCAGUACGUGUCGAACGAUGGAGAGGAUGCCAGUUUCAAUUCGUCCAAAUGGCCCAACGGGAGCUAUUACGAUCGGUAUCCCAACCAUGAUAUACGACCGACAGAGCUACUGAUACCGUCGUCCGGUAUGGGCCACCUCGGGGGUAUCACCGCCAUGCACGGGGGCAGUGCAACGUCGACGCCGGUGGUAAAUCAAUUACAUCCGAAUAUUAAUCAGUCCACGGACCCCACGGCGGCCCUCACGCUGGGAGCGUACUAUUCGUCCGGGCCGGUGCCGACCGGAAGCACCGGGCUGGGCGGCGUUGCCCCGAACGGUGGCCCAACGAUAGCACUGUACGGAAGUAGCCAUCAUCACCAUCAGUCAAGUGGACUGGUGCCCAACGGAGGAGCACCCGGAAUCGGCCUCAUCGCAACCUCCAGCGGCAGCCCUCAAGGGGUCAAUCCGAACGAUUACGAUAUCAAUGUACAUACAAUCAAAAAUAUGCUGAUGACUACUCGGGUGCCGGAGAGUUGCGUUUAGAUAGCUGACGAUGUUGAAUGAAUAAUUUCUGAUACGCGGAAUAUGUUUGCACUAUGCACGGGGGGAUGCCCUCCCUCUAUGCGGGUUUCGAGUGUACAUGUACAGACGGUAUGUUAUUGCAAUGUUGUGUUGCAUGUUAGAGUGCAGAAUCUAAUAUUCGGUAAAGUGGAUUAAGGGAAGAGAUCUCUUAAUAGUAUAUAGGAUAAAAAAAAAUAUUGUAAAAAUGGUGACGGUCAAUUCUAAUAAACAAAAGUAAAAAGAUAGGUGCUAGUCGCCAUUUUAUUUUGAAGAUUGCAAAUAUAAUUUUAAUUGGAGUUUUGUUAAA